GAGAUGCAUGCACCACGGACAUUACCGCAAUGAGAGAUGGUGUGUGUUGUUGUAGACUAGCUGUGUGACGGAGGGUCUGACUCGGAGCAGAUGCGGCUCUCGCCAUGGUUCGUCCCGGGAAGCAGAGCGUUGAAGCGGCGUUGAUCUUCCUGUCUGUCGCCCAGCUCACCGCAGGUCUGAGGUGUGUGUGCCAGCUUUGCACCAACCACACCUGUGAGACGGCCGCAGACGGCGCCUGCUGGAACUCUGUGAUGCUGAUCGAGGGGAAGGAGGAGACGGUGAAGUCGUGCCUGUCUCCCUCGGAGAUGAAGGGUCAGGUCUUCUGCUACAGCUCUCGAAAUGUCUCCAAAAGGAACUGCUGCUUCACUGACUUCUGCAACAAUGAGACUCUGCACCUGCAGCCAGAGAGGCCUUUGGAGGAGCCAGGCUGGAGCCGGCUGCAGCUGGCUGUGGUGAUCCUGGUGCCCUCCUGCCUGAUGUGUGUGGGGGUCCUGCUGGGUGUGGUGGUGGUCCAGGGCCACUGCUGGGCCCACAAGCAGGACCUGGAGGAACCUCUGGAUGACCAGAUGUUGAUGUCAUCAGACAAAUGUCUCAAAGACCUCAUCUAUGACAUGAGCACAUCGGGCUCUGGAUCAGGCCUGCCCCUGCUGGUCCAGCGGACUAUAGCUCGGACCAUUGUCCUGCAGGAGACCAUUGGGAAGGGUCGAUUUGGGGAGGUGUGGCGGGGAAAGUGGCGAGGAGAGGAUGUGGCGGUGAAGAUUUUCUCCUCUAGAGACGAGAGGUCCUGGUUUCGUGAAGCAGAGAUUUAUCAGACCAUCAUGCUCAGGCAUGAGAACAUCUUAGGCUUCAUUGCUGCGGACAACAAAGAUAGCGGCUCGUGGACUCAGCUCUGGUUGGUGUCAGAGUACCAUGAGCAUGGCUCCCUGUAUGACUACCUGAACAGGUACACGGUCUCUUUGGAAGGCAUGAUCGUCCUUGCUCUGUCCAUAGCCAGUGGGCUGGCACAUCUCCACAUGGAAAUCAUCGGAACACAAGGGAAACCUGCGAUUUCCCACAGAGACCUGAAGUCGAAAAAUGUCCUUGUGAAGAAUAACGGCACCGCAGUCAUCGCAGACUUGGGUUUGGCUGUGAAACACGACUCAAGCACCAACUCCAUCGACAUACCGUCCAACCACAGAGUGGGAACCAAGAGGUACAUGGCCCCAGAAAUCUUGGAUGAGUCAUUCCAUAUGAACAGCUUUGAGUCAUUCAAGAGGGCGGAUAUCUACUCUCUGGGCCUGGUGUUCUGGGAACUGGCUCGGAGAUGCUCUGUUAGAGGACUGCAUGAAGAUUUCCAGCUGCCUUAUUAUGACCUUGCGCCUUCUGAUCCAGCCAUCGAGGACAUGAGGAAGGUGGUGUGUGAUCAGAAACUCAGACCCAACGUUCCUAACCAGUGGCAGAGCUGCGAGGCUCUGCGUGUGAUGGGAAAACUGAUGAGAGAGUGCUGGUACGCCAACCCUGCUGCUCGACUCACCGCUCUGCGGGUCAAGAAAACUGUUUCUCAGCUGUCCUUCAGCAAGGACGUCAAAGAUUAAGUAGAUUUGUUGCCCUGCAGAUCACCACUGGUGCGACACGAAGGACAGAGUCACAGUAACUGGGAGAGGCUGUUCUCUCACUAACGGCCUGAGGCUGCCCUCUUCAGGAGACGACCACAUUGUUCACCCUCAGAGAGCAACUUCAGGUCUGUUUUUGGUGCCAAAGUAUUGUAGGGGUGUCCAUGGCUGCUUUGCACAUAGACAAUCACUCAAAAAAUUAACCAAACAGCUAAAAUGUUGCUAGAAAGAGCCAUAAGAAAUAAGAAUAUAUAUAAUGAAUAAACUGAUUAUUUUGCUACCUCAGACAUGUAAGUGCCCAAAGCUUAAAGUUGCACAUUGUAGUAUUUGUGUGCCAUAUCUUGUAACAAAUGCAGUAUUGCUGAGUAGCUUAUGUGCCUACUGACAAUCACACAUGAUACUGGAAGCUUAUUAACAGACUUUGCCUGAUAAUCUGAAUUUUAAAGUGUUUGAAGUGCUUUAAAAAGUGAUUGCAGUACUAAUGUUCACUGUAUUGAUUGUGUUUAGUGGAAAUGUUACUGUACAGGAAUACAGCUGUGUAUAUCCAACUGGAAGAUAUCUGUCAGCUUAAUAUAUUAAAUGUGAAUAUAUCCAA